AUGUGGUGGUGGCUGCUGGGUGUGCUGAGCUGCGUGCUGCUGGUGGUGAUCGUCGUCUUCUUCCUGAUCACCGGGCAACGCUACAAGGUGUUCAGCGAGAAGUGCCUGAGGCCACCAGGACCCUUGGUCACAGACAGCAAACAGAGGGACGGCCGACUGAAGAGAGGCUUUCGCGUGGACCGCGUUCCCCCUGCUCUCGAUGCGGUGGUGAUUGGCAGCGGUGUAGGGGGUUUGACAGCAGCAGCGCUUCUGUCCAAAGCCGGGAAGAAGGUUGCGGUUCUGGAGCAACAUGACCAGGCUGGGGGCUGCACACACACCUUUCAGAAUAAGGGCUUUGAGUUCGAUGUGGGUAUACAUUACCUGGGCCAGCUUCAUGACAACAGCCUGCUGAGGGUCGCUCUGGAUCAGAUCACAGACGGACAGCUGCAGUUCACACGGCUGGGGCAGCACUUUGAUACGGUGAUCCUGGGUCAGCAUGAGCAGCGCAGGGAGUAUCAUAUCCAUGCAGGGAAGACUGAGAUGGCAGCUAGCCUGAAAAAGCAGUUUCCAGGAGAAGAGGAAGCCAUUGAUGAGUUCAUGAGAUUGAUGAAGCUAGCCUCAAGGCGGACACCACUUAUCGCCAUCUUGAAGAUGAUACCAUAUUGGCUGGUUAACUUCCUCGUUCGAACUGGCCUAAUCGAUCGUAUAUCUUCAGUGUUCCGUCUAUCAGCAACCAACCAUUCAGAAGUAAUGUCCCGCCUCACACAGAACAAGGACCUGCAGGCCCUGUCUGCCUACCUGUUUUACGGUGUCCCUCCAAAAGAGUCCAGCUUUCUCAUCAAUGCUCUCCUUCUUCACCACUACAAGCGUGGUGCGUACUACCCACGGGGGGGCGCCAGUGAGUUUGCCUUUCACAUCAUCCCUGUCAUUGAGCAGGCAGGCGGUGCUGUGCUGGUCAGGGCUCCUGUGCAACGUAUUCUGCUCAACCAGCAAGGGAAUGCCUAUGGUGUGACAGUGCUUAAAGGACAAGAAGAGAUUGAUGUCCACGCCCCUGUUGUCAUUUCCAACGCUGGGAUCUUCAACACCUUCCAGAAGUUUCUGCCUCGGCACGUACAGGACGCACCAGAGGUCCAGUCACUGCUGGGUAUGGUGCGUCAUGGCAUGGGUUCCUUCCUGGUCUUUGUUGGUCUGGACGGAUCCAAAGAGGAGCUGGGCAUUGUUUCCACCAACUUCUGGAUGUACAAAGACAAUGACUUGGACUCACUUAUGGAGCGAUACUCUUCCCUGAGCAGAGAGCAGGUAUUGGGGAACAUUCCCAUGAUGUUCAUCACCUUCCCAUCUGCUAAAGAUCCUACAUCCAGCAUCAGGCACCCAGGUAAGUCCUGCAUGACGCUGCUAACUAUGGCUCGCUAUGAGUGGUUCGAGGAAUGGGAGGGGACAAAGCUUGGCAAGAGGGGACAGGACUAUGUGGAUCUGAAAAACAGCAUGGCCCAAGAGCUGCUGGACUGGGCACUGACAAUCUUCCCCCAGCUGCGAGAUAAGGUGGUGAUGGUAGAUGCUGCCACACCUCUAACUAAUGGCCACUAUUUGGGCGCCCCAAGAGGUGAGAUGUACGGCGCUGAACACAACUUGGAGCGCUUCACCCCAGACACGGUUGCUAGGACACGACCUCAGACGCCCAUCAACGGACUCUACCUAACAGGUCAGGACGUGUUCUGUAACGGCAUGGCUGGGGCGCUGCAUGGUGGACUGCUCUGCGCCUCUGCCGUGCUCAAUCAGAUCCUCUACAUCGACCUUCUGGCCCUGAAGACCCGCCUCAAGCACAAACAGACCAAUCAUAAACUGACAUAG